AGAUGAUGUAAGCAUGAUCUGGAAGACAAAGUAAACAUCAACACAUAAACAUUCUUGAAAAGUCUUGAAAGACUACAGUUUUGGUUUUUCUUCAUACAGUCAGACGUACAAAACUGAAAAGUCUUGAGAGCCUACACUUUUGUUUUGUCCUCUUUGCUUUUUGACUUCGAACCUACAGUCUGGCGCCUAUCCACUUUAUAAAAUUCCAUUGGCUUCUCCUUAUGCUAAAAAAAAAAACCUUUUUGUGUUGAAACACAUAUUCAUUGAAUCAUUUUGCUUAGUCCUGGAAAGGUUCAUUCAUCAAUGGCGGAAGAAGCUUACAAAGUUCCUAGGAUGAAGCUGGGGAGCCAAGGCCUUGAGGUUUCAGCUCAGGGACUUGGUGUCAUGGGUCUCUCCGCUUUCUACGGCGCUCCGACACCUGAUACAAAGGCCGUCGCUCUUCUUCGUCACGCCAUUAACUCUGGAAUCACAUUCUUAGACACCUCCGACUUCUAUGGCCCCGAGACAAACGAGCUGCUCCUGGGAAAGGCUUUGAAAGAUGGGUUGAGGGAGAAAGUGGAAUUAGCGACAAAGUUUGGGCUCGUUACUUCUGAAGAUGGAAAGUUAGGUUUUAGGGGAGAUCCAAACUAUGUGAGGUCUGCUUGUGAGGCAAGUUUAAGGCGUCUUGGUGUUACCUGCAUUGAUCUUUAUUACCAGCAUAGGAUUGAUACCACUGUCCCCAUAGAAGUCACGAUGGGAGAACUGAAGAAGCUAGUGGAAGAAGGCAGAAUAAAAUACAUCGGUUUGUCUGAAGCAUCUGCCUCAACUAUCAGAAGAGCACAUGCAGUACACCCGAUAACCGCUCUGCAAAUAGAAUGGUCCUUAUGGUCAAGAGACGUGGAAGAAUAUAUCAUUCCCACCUGCAGGGAACUUGGGAUUGGAAUUGUAGCUUAUAGUCCUCUAGGAAGGGGUUUCUUGGCAUCAGGAACCAAACUUGUUGAGAAUCUUGAGCACGGUGAUCCUCGAAAGAGUCUACCGAGAUUCAAAGAGGAGAAUCUAGAGCACAAUAAGAUUGUCUUCGAGAAAGUCCAAGCGAUAGCAACAAGCAAAAGCUGCACUCCUGCACAACUAGCUCUUGCAUGGGUUCACCACCAAGGAGAUGAUGUCUGUCCCAUUCCAGGAACCACCAAAAUCGAAAACCUCAAUCAGAACAUUGGAGCUUUAUCCGUUAAACUCACUCCUGAUGACAUGGCUGACCUUGAAGCCAUUGCUAGACCGGAUUUCGUGAAAGGGGAACGAUAUUGGGACGUAAUAACUACUUACGACCACGCUGAAACUUCACCAUUGUCUUCUUGGAAACAAGUAUAAUUACUGAACCACAGAGAAAGUCCCCAGCUUUGAGACCCAAUAGUAGUUUUCAUAUCCCAUGUAAUUAGGGUUACUCAUGCAUAUAUAUAAUUAUAAUAUCUAUAUACAUUCGUUUCUUUA